AUGGCCGCUCUUACGUCCCUCCCUCCCCUCCCUCACACUCUCCUUUUUCUCCGCUCAAAAGCAACCAGAUUCUCCGUUUCCGCUUCCGCUUCCGCUUCAGCGCUCUCAGCUUCAGGUAAUGAUGGAUCUAGCUCCAGAGCAUCUCACAUGAGACGAAGAAGAAUCGAAGGUCCACGGAAAAGUAUGGAAGAUUCUAUUCAACGCAAGAUGGAGCAGUUUUACGAAGGUUCCGAUGGACCGCCUUUACGUGUUCUACCUAUUGGUGGGUUGGGUGAAAUUGGAAUGAAUUGUAUGCUUGUAGGGAAUUAUGACCGUUAUAUCCUCAUUGAUGCUGGUAUCAUGUUUCCUGACUAUGAUGACCUUGGAGUACAAAAGAUUAUACCUGAUACAACUUUUAUAAGAAAAUGGAGCCACAAAAUUGAAGCGCUUGUUAUAACACAUGGUCAUGAAGAUCAUAUCGGUGCGUUGCCUUGGGUCAUCCCCGCAUUGGAUUCCAAUACACCGAUUUUUGCAUCUUCCUUUACAAUGGAGCUUAUAAAAAAACGUUUGAAGGAGCAUGGUAUUUUUCUUACAUCUAGACUCAAAAUCUUUAGAGCAAAGAACAAGUUUGUCGCCGGGCCAUUUGAAAUAGAACCUAUUAGGGUCACUCAUUCUAUUCCUGACUGUUGUGGACUAGUUCUUCGUUGUUCUGAUGGUACAAUUCUUCACACUGGGGACUGGAAGAUUGACGAGACACCACUUGAUGGGCAAGUUUUUGAUCGAGAGGCUUUAGAGGAACUCUCUAAAGAAGGAGUAACAUUGAUGAUGAGUGAUUCGACAAAUGUGCUCUCACCUGGAAGGACAACCAGUGAAUCUGUUGUAGCAGAUUCAUUAUUGAGGCAUAUUUCAGCUUCUAAAGGAAGGGUUAUUACAACCCAGUUUGCAUCAAAUCUACAUCGGAUUGGAAGUGUCAAAGCUGCUGCUGAUUUAACUGGCAGAAAGAUGGUAUUUGUUGGCAUGUCUUUAAGGACAUACUUAGAAGCAGCUUGGAAGGAUGGAAAGGCUCCUUUUGAUCCAUCCACUCUGGUGAAAGCAGAGGAUAUUGAUGCUUAUGCACCCAAAGAUCUGCUUAUUGUAACAACCGGCUCUCAAGCAGAGCCACGUGCUGCCUUAAAUCUUGCAUCUUAUGGAAGUAGCCAUUUUUUCAAACUUACCAAGGAAGAUAUUAUUUUGUAUUCAGCUAAGGUUAUCCCUGGUAAUGAGUCUCGUGUGAUGGAAAUGAUGAAUCGCAUAUCAGAGAUUGGAUCAACAAUAGUUAUGGGGAGAAAUGAUUGCUUGCACACAUCUGGUCAUGCAUAUCGUGGAGAAUUGGAGGAAGUACUUAGAAUAGUGAAGCCACAACAUUUUCUUCCUGUACAUGGAGAAUAUUUGUUCCUGAAGGAGCAUGAAUCACUUGGAAAAUCAACUGGCAUUCGGCAUACUGCUGUUAUAAAAAACGGAGAGAUGCUUGGGGUUUCACACUUGAGAAAUAGAAGGGUUCUUUCUAAUGGUUUCAUUUCCCUUGGAAAAGAGAAUUUACAGUUGAAAUAUAGUGACGGCGACAAAGCAUUUGGUACAUCUAGUGAACUCUUUAUUGAUGAAAGAUUGAGAAUUGCAUUAGAUGGCAUCAUUGUGAUUAGCAUGGAAAUAUUUCGCCCUAAAAAUUUAGAAAGUUUGGCUGAAAACACUUUGAAAGCGAAGAUAAGGAUUACCACGAGAUGCCUAUGGCUAGACAAAGGGAAGCUGUUAGAUGCACUUUAUAAAGCUGCUCAUGCAGCGCUUUCUAGCUGUCCCGUUAAAAGCCCACUGCCUCACAUGGAAAGAACUGUGUCUGAGAUGUUGAGGAAGAUGGUGAGGAAGUACAGUGGUAAACGGCCUGAAGUAAUUGCCAUUGCCAUAGAAAACCGUGGAGCUGUUUUUGCGGAUGAGAUAAUCACAAAAUUGUCUGGCAAGUCCCAUGUUGGUCCUGAAAUAUCAACAUUAAGAAAGGUAGUGGAUGAACGUAGAAAGGAAAACCAAUCCACCACAAUGCAAAUAAGAGACGAUGACAAUGAUAUUGACGACAAUGAUAUUGAAGGACUAUUACCUGAGAAAGACACCACUACAAGUGGAGAUGAGGGCGAUUUACCCGAUUCAGAGGAUUCAGAUGAAUUUUGGAAACCAUUCAUUGCAUCAUCAGUUGAGAAGUCAAUCAAAGCUAACAAUGGUUAUGUUUCACGAAAGGACUAUAAGUCCAAUCUGAAGCAAGAUGAUUCUGAAGGCAUUGAUGAAGCCAAGUCUGAAGAAAUGUCUAAUGCUGAGCCAGAGUCAUCAAAAUCAGUAAAGAAAAAUAGAUGGAAAACUGAGGAAGUUAAUAAGCUGAUUGAUUUGCGGAGUGACCUUCGUGACAGAUUUAAAGUUGUGAAGGGAAGGAUGGCUCUCUGGGAAGAGAUAUCUCAGAGCUUGUUGGCUGUUGGGAUCAGCAGAAGUCCUGGACAAUGCAAAUCUCGGUGGGCAUCUUUGGUACAGAAAUAUGAGGAGAUCAAGAAUGGGAAGGAUAUCAGAAAAAAUUGGCCAUAUCUUGAAGACAUGGAAAGGAUACUGUCUAGCGACGAAGCACCGGCAUCAAAUUGA